GGAAGAUCAGAUUAAAAAUCUUUAAUAACACUCAGAAGGUAAAGCCAAAUAAUGCAGCUGAAUAAACUCAACUGAUGCAUUAACGUGAACGGAUGAAUUAACACUGAAAAGACUGCAACUUAAAUACAAAGCAAAUGAGGGAAAUAAUGACAAACACCUGUGAUGAUUAAUGAAUCUCCAUAGUAACUAUUAAGUGGCAGGAAACUAAAAAAAGGACAACAGGAACUAAUGAAAGCAAAAUAAUGCCUCGUUUCCACUGAGAGGUACGGUACGGUUUGGUAUGGUACGCAUUUUUUUCCGUUUCCAUUGUCAAAAGUUGUGAAUGGUACCCUAAUUCCGAACCGUACCGUACCACUUUUUUGGGACCCUUUCGAAGGGGUACCAAGCACAAUAGUACCGUACCAACAGGGUGGAGCUACACUCUGCAGAACGUUGAUUGGUUGACAGAGAAUCAUCACUUGCGCGUGCAAAGGGAAUGAUAAGAGGCGCGGGCGCCAUUUUUAAAAGUUUACGGUUGCAACACAAAUGUCGGUGCGCAGUGAAGCUUGGUCGACCCAGGAAGUGCAGACCUUCCUGGGUAUCAUCAGUGAGGAAAGGGUGCAAAGGGAACUCGAUGGCAUGGUGAGAAACUAAAAAGUGUUCCAGUGUGUUUCUAAGAGGAUGGCUGAAGAGGGGUUCCAGCGGACGCCCGAGCAGUGCCGCGUUAAAUGCAAGAAGCUGCGGAGCGAAUACCGUAAGGUGAAAGACCACAACAGCCGGAGUGGCGUAAACAGAAAGAACUGGAAAUUGGGAAGAGGAGGCGGCAUCGAUACGGCCACCUCUCUGCUGGAGUCAAUGAUGGAGUCUGCCGCUGAGGAUCCUAUCAGUCAGGAGGAAACCACAGAGGGACUGUCCACCUUUGAGAACUUGCCUGCAACUUCGAGUUCGCUUGCAAGUACACCGACACCACCAGAAUCAACGUCAUCACCUGCGAGAGCACCCCGUUGUACACCCAUCAGCAAGAGAAAAAGGGGUCAGCAGGAUGUUGCUGCAGCCCUGGUAGAGAUGCAGGCCGCUGAUGUGAGGCAGCAGGACUGGUUAGAGAGGAUGGAGGAUCGUUGUGACCGACGCUUUGAGUUGAUGCUGGAGGAGGCCCGUGAGGCAAGGCGGCAUGAGGCUGAAGUCACCCGGCAACACAUGGAGCAGACUGAAAGCUUCAAUCAGGCCUUCCUCAGCACACUCAGUCAGCUGGUGCAGGUGUUGAGCAGCUGCCGUGAUCCUGUGCCUCCAUCCAGCCACUAGUUGUUGUUACACAGCUCAUUGUUUUGUAGCACUUGUUUUACUUUUUUCAAAUUAAAUAAUUUUUCCAUUA